CGUGUUUCCCCAAAUACUUUCCUUCUCUCUCUUGUGCUAUUGAGAACGUUGGGAUCUCAGGCUUCUCCUCUUUCUGAGCCGUCGCUUCUGCAUAAACAACUUAAUUAGCUCUCAGGACCGGACUGUGUGUACGGACAUGGAAGGAAGAGGCGGAGGAGCAGGAGCGCCGUACAGCCCACGCACUGUGGAUGAGGUUUUCAGAGACUUCAAGGGCCGCCGAGCCGGCAUGAUCAAAGCUCUUUCCACUGAUGUUGAAGAUUUUUACGAGCAAUGCGAUCCUGAGAAGGAAAACCUUUGUUUGUAUGGAUUCCCAAAUGAAGAAUGGGAAGUUAAUCUACCUGCUGAGGAAGUUCCUCCUGAACUUCCGGAACCUGCUUUGGGCAUCAACUUUGCCAGAGAUGGGAUGCAAGAAAAGGAUUUUUUAUCUCUGGUAGCUGUUCACAGCGAUGCAUGGCUACUUUCAGUGGCUUUCUAUUUUGGUGCCAGAUUCGGUUUUGAUAAGGCUGACAGGAAACGUCUCUUCACUAUGAUGAAUGAUUUACCAACAAUAUUUGAGGUUGUGACGGGCAGUGCAAAGAAACAAUCAAAGGAGAAGUCAUCAGUUACAACAAAUCAAAGCAUCCAUAGGCCUAAGUCAAGCUCUAAAGGGCGAGGCUCUGAUUCAAGCAAACAGUCGAAAGUGAUACCAAAGGAUGAAGACGAGGGAAUGGACGAGGAAGAUGAUGAUGACCACAGCGAUACUCUGUGUGGUGCAUGCGGGGAGAACUAUGCUUCCGAUGAAUUCUGGAUUUGUUGCGACAUAUGUGAGAAGUGGUUUCAUGGAAAGUGUGUGAAGAUCACUCCUGCCAGAGCUGAGCACAUCAAGCACUACAAGUGCCCCUCAUGCAGCAACAAGAGAGUGCGGCCUUGAUCGUAGUACAAGGUGUAAUUAUGUCAAGUUGGAUAGAGCUAACUAUUUAGUUAAGUUUUCUGCUCAUGAGCCAUGGUGACGUAGCCUUUCCACUUAGUACUUUGUUCUUGGUGAUUUUGCUGUUUGGAUGAUAUUAAUGUUUCCUAAUGUGAACUUGCGCUUUAUGAUUUGACUGUUUCAUGCAUUUGUUCUGUCAAAUGUGGAAGCCCCUAAAUUAUUCUGUCUAAUUUCGAAAUCUUAUGUUUGUUAUUUGUUC